GCGGAGCCGCGGGGUGCCGAGCGGGGAGGACCGAGUAGGGUGGCGCCGAGGCCGAGGAGCCGCGCGACCCGGGCCGAGCGAGCCGGAGCGGAGCGGAGCCUCCGGCGGCGGCGGGAGGAGCAGCACCGCCGCCGCCAAGAUGGCCGACCUGGAGGCGGUGCUGGCCGAUGUAAGCUACCUGAUGGCCAUGGAGAAGAGCAAGGCCACGCCGGCCGCGCGCGCGAGCAAGAAGAUCCUGCUGCCUGAACCCAGCAUCCGCAGUGUCAUGCAGAAGUACUUGGAGGAUCGGGGCGAAGUGACUUUCGAAAAGAUCUUCUCCCAGAAGUUAGGAUACCUGCUCUUUCGAGACUUUUGCCUGAACCACCUAGAAGAGGCCAAGCCUUUGGUGGAGUUCUACGAGGAGAUCAAGAAGUAUGAGAAGCUGGAGACGGAGGAGGAGCGUGUAGUCCGCAGCCGGGAGAUCUUCGACUCCUAUAUCAUGAAGGAACUACUGGCCUGCUCUCAUCCUUUCUCAAAGAGUGCUACUGAGCAUGUCCAGGGCCACCUGGUGAAGAAACAGGUGCCUCCAGAUCUCUUCCAGCUCCCUCCACAGCCAUACAUUGAGGAAAUUUGUCAGAACCUCCGAGGGGAUGUGUUCCAGAAGUUCAUUGAGAGUGACAAGUUCACAAGAUUCUGCCAGUGGAAGAAUGUAGAACUCAACAUCCAUUUGACCAUGAACGACUUCAGUGUGCACCGCAUCAUUGGGCGCGGGGGCUUCGGCGAGGUCUACGGGUGCCGAAAAGCAGACACGGGCAAGAUGUACGCCAUGAAGUGUCUGGACAAGAAGCGCAUCAAGAUGAAGCAGGGAGAGACCCUGGCUCUGAACGAGCGGAUCAUGCUUUCCCUCGUCAGCACCGGGGACUGCCCCUUCAUCGUGUGCAUGUCGUACGCAUUCCACACACCAGACAAGCUUAGCUUCAUCCUGGAUCUCAUGAACGGUGGAGAUCUCCACUACCACCUGUCUCAGCAUGGGGUCUUCUCUGAGGCCGACAUGCGCUUCUACGCAGCUGAGAUCAUCCUGGGCCUUGAGCACAUGCACAAUCGCUUCGUGGUCUAUAGGGACCUGAAGCCAGCCAACAUCCUUCUCGAUGAGCACGGCCAUGUGAGAAUCUCGGACCUGGGCCUGGCCUGCGACUUCUCCAAGAAGAAGCCCCAUGCCAGCGUGGGCACGCACGGGUACAUGGCCCCCGAGGUCCUGCAGAAGGGCGUGGCCUACGACAGCAGUGCGGACUGGUUCUCCCUGGGCUGCAUGCUCUUCAAGUUGCUGCGAGGACACAGCCCCUUCCGGCAGCACAAGACCAAAGAUAAGCAUGAGAUUGAUCGAAUGACAUUGACAAUGGCUGUGGAGCUGCCUGACUCCUUCUCCCCUGAACUCCGCUCACUGCUGGAAGGUUUACUACAGAGGGAUGUCAACCGGAGGCUGGGUUGUCUAGGCCGUGGGGCUCAGGAGGUGAAGGAAAGCCCCUUCUUCCACUCCCUGGACUGGCAGAUGGUCUUCUUGCAAAAGUACCCGCCCCCACUCAUCCCCCCACGUGGAGAGGUGAAUGCGGCUGAUGCCUUUGACAUUGGCUCCUUCGAUGAGGAGGAUACAAAAGGAAUCAAGUUACUGGACAGCGACCAGGAGCUCUAUCGGAACUUCCCCCUGACCAUCUCGGAGCGGUGGCAGCAGGAGGUGGCAGAGACCGUCUUCGACACCAUCAAUGCUGAGACAGACCGGCUGGAGGCCCGAAAGAAAGCCAAAAACAAGCAGUUGGGCCAUGAGGAGGACUACGCCCUGGGCAAGGACUGCAUCAUGCAUGGCUACAUGUCCAAGAUGGGCAAUCCCUUCCUGACCCAGUGGCAGCGACGGUACUUCUACCUGUUCCCCAACCGGCUGGAGUGGCGGGGUGAAGGCGAGGCCCCGCAGAGCCUUCUGACCAUGGAGGAGAUCCAGUCGGUGGAAGAGACCCAGAUCAAGGAGCGCAAGUGUCUGCUGCUUAAGAUCCGUGGUGGGAAGCAGUUUGUCCUGCAGUGUGAUAGCGAUCCUGAGCUGGUGCAGUGGAAAAAAGAGUUACGUGAUGCCUACCGUGAGGCCCAGCAGCUGGUGCAGCGGGUGCCCAAGAUGAAGAACAAGCCACGCUCACCUGUGGUGGAGCUGAGCAAGGUGCCACUGAUCCAGCGUGGCAGUGCCAACGGCCUCUGAUCCGCCCAUCUGCUGCCCACCUGCCCGCCGGCCUUUUAUAGACCUCUAAUUUAUUUUGUCGAAUUUUUAUUAUUUGUUUUCCCGCAAAGCGGAAAAGGUUUUAUUUUGUAAUUAUUGUGAUUUCCUGUGGCCCCAGCCUGGCCUAGCCCCCAGGGAGGGGCCCGCUUGCCUCGGCUCCUGCUGCCACCAACCCAGCCACUGUCUAGCACCCCUACCCUGACCCCCAAUCCCCAUACCCAAUGUCUUCCUGUAGGGGAGAGCAGCAACCCCCAGCAGUCCUCCUGUCCCUCCAUGGGGUGAAGCCGCACUCAGCUGUCCCACUUCAGGCUCUGUGGGCUGUGCUCAGCCCGUGGCACGGCUGGGUGGCCUGGCAUCCCCCACCCUAGGGGAAGAAGGUACAGCACAGGGAUACUACUUGAACUUUCCUACCACAGCCGUGCUGUGACAGAGGGAUAGACGCCCCAUUGUCCUGCCCUCUUGCUCCCAGUGAGAGGAGAGGGCCCUUGUCUCCCUAGCCCUGGAGGUCUCCCAGUGAUGGGCUCCUGGGCCCUUGUUCAGGAAAAGCCUCUGUGUCACUACUGCCCCCAUCCCCUGCAGUUACUGGGAUUGGGCCAGGAGGCUGGUACUGGCAGUGGCUGCUGCUGGCCACCCAAGUUCCCUCUUCCUCCCACCAAGUGCUGGGUGCCGGAACACAGAACGACAACUGUGGAUUGGGCCACACUGGCUUAGCCUGAACCCAGGUCCCCAACCCUGGCCUGGGUGAGGCUCACCUGCCCGGGACCACAGUGGGACAGCCCAGGCAGGUGGAUGGCACAGUGAUAAGGGCCCAGCUGGGGCUAGCCCUCCCUGCCCUGGCUGGUCAGUGUGCCCCCACCCACACUGUCCAGCCCCCUAUCCUCCCGUCAGUGCCACCGCCCAUGGGCGCUACCCCGCCCACCGCAUGCCCCCUCGUGCCAGUCGCGCUGCCGUGUGUGGUGUCGUGCCCUCUCCCCCUGGGGCUGGGUCGGCGCUCUGUCCCCUCUUGUCUACUUAACUCCCGGGGCGUUUCUUUGCCGAUUUUUGAAUGUGAUUUUAAAGAGUGGAAAAUGAGACUAUGCGUUUUUAUAAAAAACGGUGCCUGA